UUCACCUGCUGGAGACAUGUGUCCUGGCCUGUGUUCUGUCUGACGUCUUGUGACGCUGAAGGACUUCAUCAUGUGGAAACGAGUUGACAGUUCUCAGUCCGGCAGAGAGAAGAUGAGUCACAGUCAACUGAUGUUAAAGAAAUCAACCCUUCAGAUUUUACCCUGCACCGUGUCACAGCUUCUGUCUGCCUCUCACGUCGGCAGUGAUAACUUUGUAAUCAGUGACUGUGAACUCUUCCAGGUGUCUGUCGUGGGCGUCGUCCGAGGAUUCGCUCCCUUCGUGACCUUCAUGGAGUUCUCCGUGGACGACAUGACCGCUCCUCCGGUCAAAGUCAAGCAGUGGGUGAACUCGGAGGACUGUGCGAUGAUGAGCGUCGCUUCUCCUGGAUCGUACGUGAAGGUUACAGGGAGUCUGCGCAACUUUAACGGUCAAAGGUCACUACUGGCAAUGAACAUCCGUUGCAUCAAGGACCUGAAUGAGAUCACGUCCCACAUGUUGGAGGUGAUUCAGGCCCAUAUGAAGCUUCCAGUGAAGGAGUUUGACGUCAACAUGAACUCUCUGGUCUCACAGUCUGGACGCUUUGUCCAAAGUCUGUCCACCAUCCAGGACCAGGUCAUCCAUGUCAUCAGAACGUUCCCCGACCAAACCGUUGGCAUCAGUUUUGACGACCUGAGGACGGAGAUGAACCAUCUCGCCGUGGCAGACGUCAGAUCAUCGCUGGCUUUUCUCUUAAACGAAGGCCACGUCUUCACGACCAUCGACGAUUAUCAUUACAAGACGUCAGUUUGAACGAUUUCGGUGAAACGUGGAAGGCAGAUGAAGACGACGAGGCAGACGAAGCUCACAGCGCGCGUAAAGUCGCACAGAUUGACGGACAGACCGGGGGACACGGAGGACCAUUCUACACAAACUCAUUCCUGCUUCUCCAGUGAAGGACCUGGAUAUAGUUUGGACAAAGUAACGCUGCGUUCAAAUAUCGUAGAAACAACAUCAGAAGACAACAUUGUUCUCUGUGUGUGUGUGUGUGUGUGUGUGAGAGAGUGUGACAGUAGGUGGAGAUCAAACCAGGUCACAGACCACAGACUGUUUUGUGAAAUCAAUCAAGGAAUCCACAGGGGGGCGAUAGAGCUUCUACAAUGGAGCUUUAAAUGGGCAUCAGUCUCUGAAUUAGAUUCCGUCGACGCUCUCUGGUUGAUCUAAUUAAUGAAUUGCUGUCAGGUUUUUUUCUUCCUGUUUUUCUCACGUUUUAUUCUUAGUCUUUGCAUCAGAAUCAGCGGACGAGAGAAGAAACGGCCGUUUGAGCCUCGCAAUCCUCUCUCUCGUGAAAUGUUUUACGUUAUAACAGUAAAUUAUGUCGUAACGUAAAUAUUUCAUGUUGUAAUGUGAUAAAUUUAAAGACUUUUUGGACGUCUUACUAUACUAAGACACUUUUGUGACACGUACCACAGCUUGAGAACCAUGGCCUUGUUGGAGUUCACAGUUGUACGUAUAUACACACGUGGACAAAAUUGUUGGUACCCUUCGGUUAAUGAAAGAAAAACUCACAAUGGUCACAGAAAUAACUUGAA